AUGAGAUUAAUACCAAGAGAAUUAGAUAAACUUGUUCUCCAUCAAGUUGGUUAUUUAGCUCAAAAACGCUUAGCUCGUGGAGUUAAGUUAAACCAUACCGAAGCAGCAGCUUUAAUUGCUUCACAAUUAAUUGAAAUGAUGAGAGAUGGAACGAAUACUGUUGCGCAAUUGAUGAAUACGGGAAAGCAAAUGUUGGGUAGACGUCAUGUUCAGCCCGACGUUUUAGAAACAUUGUCUGAAGUUCAAGUGGAAGGAACCUUUCCCGAUGGAUCUUAUCUUGUAACUGUUCAUGACCCAAUUUCCUCUGAUGAUGGGAAUUUAGAAUUGGCUCUUUAUGGAAGUUUCUUACCAAUACCUGAUAAUUCUAAAUUUGUCUUACAAACUGUUGAAGCGAAGGCUGAAGAUGCACCUGGUGCUCUCGUUGUUAAACCUGGUAAGAUUGUUUUAAAUGAAGGAAGAGCUAGAGCAAGCCUUAAAGUUGUUAAUACCGGGGAUAGACCCAUACAGGUUGGAUCUCAUUACCACUUCAUUGAAACAAAUCCUGCUCUUAGUUUUGAUAGACAUUUAUCUUAUGGCAAAAGACUUGAUAUUCCAGCUGGUUCCGCAGUACGUUUCGAACCGGGUGAAACAAAAACCGUCACACUUGUCGAUAUCGGUGGGAAAAAAUGUAUUUCCGGAGGAAACAAUGUUGCCACCGGAGUCGUUGAUGCUUCGAAAAUCGACAAAAUCGUUAAAAAUCUUAUCGUUAAAGGCUUCAAGCAUGCUUCACUGACGGACAAAUCAUCUUUAGCUUGUACUCCUUAUUCAAUGGAUCGAAAAGCCUAUGCUGAUACUUAUGGACCAACCGUUGGUGAUCAAUUAAGAUUAGGAAAUACCAAUUUAUGGUUAGAAAUUGAAAAGGACCAUACGAUUUAUGGUGAUGAAUGCAAAUUCGGUGGUGGUAAAGUUUUAAGAGAAGGAAUGGGUCAGGCUACUUCGAUAUCUUCUGAUGAUGCCUUAGAUUUGGUUAUCACAAACGCUAUAAUUAUUGAUUAUACCGGCAUUGUUAAGGCCGACAUUGGUAUCAAAAACGGUGUAAUCGUUGGGAUAGGUAAAGCUGGUAAUCCUGAUGUGAUGGAAGGUGUUACUCCUGGUCUUAUUGUUGGUCCUUCUACAGAAGCACUUGCCGGUGAAGGUCGCAUAUUUACGGCCGGUGCAAUUGAUGCUCACGUUCAUUUCAUUUGUCCACAACUUAUUCCAGAGGCUAUCUCAUCAGGUAUUACGACUUUGGUCGGAGGAGGUACUGGUCCAAAUACUGGUACAAAUGCCACAACUUGCACGCCAGGAAAAUCACAUAUCGAGAUGAUGCUUACCGCUACCGAUGGUAUCCCAAUGAAUUUUGCUUUCACCGGUAAAGGAAAUGCAUCGGACCCUAUUGCAUUAAGUGAACAAAUUAAAGCUGGUGCUGCAGGAUUAAAAUUACAUGAGGAUUGGGGUACAACUCCAGCAGCAAUUGACACUUGCCUGAGUGUCUGUGAUGAAUUUGAUGUACAAGUGACUAUUCACACUGAUACACUUAAUGAGUCUGGUUUCGUGGAAAAUUCAAUUGCAGCCUUCAAAGACCGAACAAUCCAUGCAUACCAUUCAGAAGGUGCGGGAGGAGGUCAUGCUCCAGAUAUUAUCAAAGUGUGCGGUGAACCAAAUAUAAUUCCAUCAUCCACAAAUCCAACUCGACCCUUCACUGCAAAUACACUUGAUGAACACGUAGAUAUGUUGAUGGUAUGUCAUCAUUUAGAUAAAAAUAUACCUGAAGACAUAGCAUUCGCGGAAUCACGUAUACGAGCCGAAACCAUUGCAGCAGAAGAUGUUUUACAUGACCUUGGCGCUAUUAGCAUUAUAAGUUCUGAUUCUCAAGCUAUGGGCAGAAUUGGUGAAGUUGUAUUAAGAACUUGGAAGACAGCUCAUAAGAUGAAAUUACAAAGAGGAAGAUUAGGAGAUGACAAUGAUGGUCCAGCCGAUAAUUUCCGAAUUAAGAGAUAUAUUGCCAAAUACACCAUCAAUCCAGCUAUAGCAACUGGCGUAAGUCAUUUAAUUGGAUCUAUAGAACCGGGAAAAGUUGCAGAUUUAGUAAUGUUUAAUCCAGCAUUCUUUGGAUCAAAACCUGAAAUUAUUAUUAAAUCUGGUAUAAUUAUUUGGUCACAAAUGGGAGAUGCAAAUGCAUCAAUUCCAACUACACAACCUGUCAUUUCAAGACCAAUGUUCGGUCACUUUGCUAGUGCGGCAGCAAAGAAUUCGAUUUCUUUUGUUAGUCAAGUAUCCAUCAAAGAAGGAAAUGUUCAAAAAUAUGGUUUGAAGAAACGUAUUGAAGUAGUAAGGAAAUGUAGGGGUAUCGGCAAGAAAGAUAUGAAAUUAAAUGAUUCUUUACCUAAAAUUGAAGUUGAUCCCGAAACUUACGUUGUAAAAGCAGAUGGUGUUGUCUGUACUUGUGAACCUAUUCCAAAAUUACCUUUAACCCAAACUGUGUAUUUGUUUUAA